AUGGAGAGAAUGUCCACGCCGUCCUCCACGGCGGUGUCCAUGGCCUUCACUAUGUCGGCUAUACUGCAGCCAGACGCCGAGCAGACCUUGUACAACGCGAGGUGGGCCCGAGGAGCCAUGCCUACGGCCGUUCCAUUGCCGUAG